UUCUCAUUAAUUAUAACAAACUAGCAUCCUCUCAAUUCUCACCAGUUUGCCCUUUGCAAGGUUUUCCACUUCCCCUGCUUUGCUCCAAUGGCUGAAGCUGGUUCAGCCUCUGCCAUGGUGCCAGAACGAGCAAAGCUUCAUAUCGCCAUGGUAGUUUUCCAGCUUGGUUAUGCCGUAAAUCAUGUGAUUAUGAGAGUUGCUCUGAACAUGGGUGUAAGCAAGCUAGUUUUCCCCUUUUACAGGAACAUCUUAGCCCUACUUGCCCUGGCUCCCUUUGCAUAUUACCUAGAAAAGAAUAAAAGACCAACCCUGACCAUUUCUUUUCUGAUACAGUUCUUCCUCUUGGGAUUUAUUGGAAUAACAUUGAAUCAGGGAUUUUACAUAUUUGGCUUAGACAACACAUCACCUACAUUAGCUUCUGCUACGGAGAAUUCUGUCCCGGCUGUGACUUUCUUCAUGGCUGCCUUACUCAGAAUGGAACAAGUGCACUUAAAUCGUAAAGCUGGAAUAGCUAAGUUGCUUGGAACUCUUGCUUCUGUCUCUGGAGCCUUGGUCAUAACCCUCUACAAGGGGCCAACUGUUUACAGUCCAAAUUCACCUUCGGAUAAGUCAGAAUUUUUCUCCUUUGGAGAUGCCGAGGGGAAGAACUGGACCGUCGGUUGUAUCUGUCUCAUCGGGCAUUCCCUUUGUUGGUCAAGCUGGAUCGUUUUACAAGCACCAGUCCUGAAGAAAUACCCAGCUCGGCUCUCCUUCGUUUCUUAUUCCUGCUUUUUCGCUGUUAUCCAAUUUGGGGCAAUCGCAGCAUACAUCGAAAGAGACUCCCGAGCUUGGCAGGUCAACUCUGGCAGUGAAGUGUUCACUAUUUUCUAUGCGGGCUUGAUAGGUUCGGCAAUGGUGUUCGCAAUACAGAUAUGGGUUGUCGAUCGAGGAGGUCCAUUGUUUGUCUCGAUGUAUCUACCUCUGCAAACCUUACUCGCUGCUGUAAUUGCCACUGUUACUUUGGGUGAAGAAUUCUACUUGGGAGGGAUACUUGGAGCUGCAUUGAUUAUAUCUGGACUGUAUCUGGUUAUUCUAGGAAAAAGAAAAGAGAGCAAGCUUGUGUCAGAAAAGGAUCCGAUUAAGUCAAUGUCUGAGAACAAUCAAGUGGAAGAUCCAGGCGAAUCCUCCCUCACCCAGCCCUUGCUUCCUGCCCCUGGAAAGUAAAUUCCCCAGUUUCACGCCCUCAGCUCCAUUCCAACGUUGCUACCAGAAUCUGUCAUCUGGUCCAGAUCGAUGCCACCAGGAUAUAAGACACAGUGGUUGGUCACUGCUACUCAAAGUAAUACACCAAAACGAACGGAAAGAGUGGAGGAAGACAAGCAAGAAACUUGGAGUCUGAACUGUCAUGGUCAUCAUUCGCCAGAGAUGACAUAUGAAGAUGCCUUCCAAGGUUAUUCUAAUAAUUGAAGAAACCCAGAAGGGGCCUUCCGUGAGCUCUAAUAGCCAUUUUUCUUUUGUUUAUUUGGCCAAAACUAGCUUUUGGAGCAUGCUUCUGAUGUUGGAUUAAUUAUAUUAUUAUUAUUGCAUUAA